AUGACAGCUGUUCCUGGUGGUGGUGCUCCUUCUGCUAUGACUGCUGUAGCAGCUCCUCCUGGUGGAGCGUCCACAAUGACAGCUAUGAAACCUGCUUCGACAAUGACUGCCCUGGGAGGAGUCCCAGCUGGAGCCUCAACAAUGACAGCUGUUCCUGGUGGUGGUGCUCCUUCUGCUAUGACUGCCCUUGCAGCUCCUCCCGGAGGAGCCUCGACCAUGACAGCUCUGAAACCUGCUUCAACAAUGACCGCCCUAGGAGGAGUACCUGCAGGAGCGUCAACAAUGACAGCAGUCCCUGGCGCAGGCGCCCCUUCUGCCAUGACUGCUGUAGCGGCUCCUCCUGGUGCA